AAUUUAAGGUAAAUCAUGGUCUCUUGUUUAGAAAAAAAUAAACGAUGAAGCAAUACAUUUUUCCACUCUUGGUGAAAUCAAUGAUAAGAUCUUUUAAUUUAUUGUUAAUCUUCAAUUUAUUUGAUGCGUGCAACAAUUCAAUUAACGAUGUCUUCAAAAUAAUUAAUGAUAUCUUCAAUGGCCUACAUUUUUGCAGUUACUCCCCUUACACCGGAAGUUGGGGGCGCGCUUACGAUUGAGGUCCUAAGCUUCACAUAAAUAGUAUUAACAAAUAGCGUAUAGUAAAGCUUACGUUACCAAAUUCUUUAGUAUACCAAGUUUUAACAGGUUGUAAUAUAUCUAUGACAAAACAAGGUUUAAUUUCUUGGAUUUUAUGGAGAAAACUUUUUAAAGGUGACCAUCCAGUCCCAAAGAAACGUAAAAAGUUACUCCAGGCUUCAAAGAAAAAAGGAUGUCAGGCCAAGAUAAUCAUGAAAGAUGUUGUAUUCUUCCAUGACUAUCAGGUGCAGAAAAACACAGAAAAACUGAAAAGAAAAGCAAGUGAACAUCUGAGGGAUGACAUUUCAGACGUUCCUGACAAAAUAAAAAAACAGAGACGGAUUUAUAUCUUGCUUCCAAGGAGUGAAGAUCACGAGUCAACACAUCUUACCGGACAACUUGCAGGCUUCAUGAAUCCUCUGUCCAAGGAAGUUCGAGAUAAACUUGGUGAACUUGUUGGGCAUGGUGUAACAAGUGUUUCAGAGAUGCGAAGACAUUUGCAUGUGUAUGUUGAUACCUUGCUCUUUAAAGAUAUUAAGCGUCCUGCAUUGUCCGAUGCUGCCUACUAUCCAACAGACGAAACAAUCAGGACACACAUCUACCUUGCCCAGCUGAGGUUGAGAUACUCAAGGAUAGAUCAAGAAAAUCUCCUGCAAAAGGUAGCAGAGUGGCAAGACAAUUAUCCAAAGGAUAAUUUCAUCUUUAUGCCUGCCUCUGACUCUGCACCAACUGACAGAGAUAUUUUGAGGAACAUAGAUUGUGUGGAGCAAGAUGAUGAUGAUGAGGUCUAUCCUCAAAUACAGACAGCAGAGACAACAGAAUUUUUCUUCUGUCACCAGAGUGAAUUUCAACGUCAUCUAUUGUACAGGUAUGGAAAUUCCCUGUGCUUGCUAGAUGCAACCUACAGAACCACAGAGUAUGCAUUGCCACUGUUUUUCCUUGCUGUCAAAACCAACAUAGGGUACAGUGUAGUGGCUGAAUUUAUUGUUCAGCACGAGAUGAAGAGAUCAAUAAUGCAAGGCCUACAGACAAUAAAAACUUGGCUCCAUAAUGCACCAGACAAGCCAGCAGAGUGGUACUGGGAACCCAAGUUUUUCAUGACAGAUUUCUGUGAAAGAGAAAUUGUUGCAAUUGAGGAAAUUUUUCCUGAAAGCUUUGUUUUUAUCUGUGAUUUUCACAGAGAACAAAGCUGGAUUAGAUGGGUCAGCAAGACAGACAACGGUCUUACUGAUUGCAAAGAUCGCGUGCUGGGAAUGCUGAGGAGAUGUGCUCAUGCAUCAUCAGAAAAGGAGUACACAGAGGCCAUCAUGAACUUGCAAAGUUCCGAUAUUUGAUCCCACGGCACAACAUGAGCAAUCCCCUGACAAUGGAGGUACUAGAACAACACCAACAUGACAUUCCCCGCCAGCAGCGGAAGUCAUCAACCAAGCCGGACGGCACCGACAGCACGGCCCCCGGCCUGACCGGACCGAACUUCCGGCGGAUGUCCCGGAUAGAACCGCGGCCUAGUAUUCAGUACGGCAUGGCGGGCAGACGACCAUCCCAAGCCUCGCGCCGGACCAGCGUAUCCGGAACCUCACAAGGAACCAAACAUCACGCGAUUCCUGUCAAGCUCCAAAAUACAUACCGGAUGCACCCCAAAACUAAGGAAAAAUUCGACGCCAGCUCUGUAGAGAAAAUGAUGAAAGGUGUUCUUGAAUCCUAUCUGGACGGGGAAACGUACGAGCACAAAAUGUGUGCUAAUUUAGCUCAAAAUCUAUCGGACGUCAUUAAAUCGCGUGUGAAAGACUUGGGUUUCCAUAGAUACAAGUUGGUGUGCAAUGUCUUGAUUGGUGAGAAUGUCCGCCAGGCCGUCAUGAUGACUAGCAGGUGCUUGUGGAACAGUGAGACGGACAACUUUGCCCAGGCCCAAUUUAGCAAAGGAAAAUUGUAUGCCAUAGCAACCGUGUUUGCAACAUACUUCGAGUGAGCCCAAUCUGCUGGCGUGAUUCCCGUGCAAUGAAGUGUGCUAACAUUAGAUUAUUUAAUGUAUUGUUUAGGUUCAUGUAUCAGGAUGUUUUCUUCUCCAAUACUGAGUGACAGCGCAAUAAUAAAAUGAAUGUUUCAUAUAA